CCUCCCAUCAUCCCAGAUCGGUGGACGUGCUCUCUUUGCUCCGGGCCAGGUCUAUGUCCCGGUUUCCCGCCGUCGCGGGCAGGGCGCCAAGGCGGCAGGAGGAAGGUGAGCGGUCAAGAGACUUCCAGGAAGAGCGAGCCUCAGCUGUUUCCAUCGUUGACAGAGAAGAGAAAGGAUGCACGUCACAAGAAGGAGGAACUACUCCAACUUUUCCUAUUCAGAAACAAAGAAAAAAACUUAUUCAGGCUGUGAGGGACAAUUCAUUCCUUAUUGUUACUGGAAAUACAGGAAGUGGUAAAACAACGCAACUCCCAAAAUACCUAUAUGAAGCAGGGUUUUCACAACAUGGUAUGAUUGGUGUAACUCAACCACGAAAAGUAGCUGCCAUAUCUGUUGCUCAGAGAGUUGCUGAAGAAAUGAAAUGUGCUCUGGGAUCCAAAGUAGGAUACCAAGUUCGUUUUGAUGAUUGCAGCUCUAAGGAAACAGCAAUCAAAUACAUGACUGACGGAUGUUUACUGAAACAUAUUCUAGGAGAUCCAAAUCUUACUAAAUUCAGUGUCAUUAUUUUGGAUGAAGCCCAUGAGAGAACUCUAACUACAGACAUCUUAUUUGGUUUAUUAAAGAAGCUAUUUCAGGAGAAGUCUCCUAACAGAAAAGAACAUUUAAAGGUGGUGGUGAUGUCAGCAACUAUGGAAUUAGCCAAGCUCUCUGCAUUCUUUGGAAACUGUCCAAUAUUCGAUAUACCUGGAAGACUUUAUCCUGUCAGAGAGAAAUUCUGCAAUUUGAUUGGCCCACGCGACAGAGAAAAUACUGCAUAUAUCCAAGCGAUUGUGAAAGUGACCAUGGAUAUCCAUUUGAAUGAAAUGGCUGGAGACAUCUUGGUUUUUCUGACUGGCCAGUUUGAAAUUGAAAAAAGUUGUGAGCUGCUUUUUCAGAUGGCAGAGUCUGUUGAUUAUGAUUAUGAUGUCCAAGAUACCACUCUAGAUGGCUUGCUGAUAUUGCCGUGUUAUGGAUCUAUGACAACAGAUCAACAGAGGAGAAUAUUUUUGCCACCUCCACCUGGAAUUAGGAAGUGUGUUAUAUCCACUAAUAUUUCUGCAACUUCUUUGACAAUAGACGGAAUCAGGUAUGUGGUAGAUGGUGGCUUUGUGAAACAAUUAAAUCACAACCCAAGAUUAGGGUUGGACAUCCUGGAGGUGGUUCCAAUUUCAAAGAGUGAGGCAUUACAGCGAAGUGGACGAGCUGGUAGAACUUCCUCAGGAAAAUGCUAUCGGAUCUAUAGUAAAGAUUUUUGGAACCAGUGUAUGCCUGACCACGUAAUACCUGAGAUUAAGAGAACUAGCUUGACAUCUGUAGUUCUGACCUUAAAGUGCCUUGCCAUACAUGAUGUUAUAAGAUUUCCUUAUUUGGAUCCACCUAAUGAGAGACUUAUUUUAGAAGCUCUUAAACAACUUUACCAGUGUGAUGCUAUUGACAGGAGUGGCCAUGUGACCAGGUUGGGCUUGUCUAUGGUGGAAUUUCCUCUCCCUCCACAUCUAACAUGUGCAGUAAUAAAGGCUGCUUCUCUGGAUUGUGAAGAUCUGCUACUUCCAAUAGCAGCAAUGUUGUCUGUGGAAAAUAUCUUCAUUAGACCUGUUGAUCCAGAGUACCAGAAGGAAGCAGAACAGAGACAUCGAGAAUUGGCAGCUAAAGCUGGAGGAUUUAAUGAUUUUGCAACUUUAGCUGUCAUCUUUGAACAAUGCAGAUCAAGUGGAGCUCCAGCUUCUUGGUGCCAAAAACAUUGGAUUCAUUGGAGGUGCUUAUUUUCUGCAUUUCGUGUGGAAGCUCAACUUCGAGAACUAAUCAGGAAACUCAAGCAGCAAAGUGAUUUCCCAAGAGAGACCUUUGAAGGUCCUAAACAUGAAGUACUACGAAGAUGUCUUUGUGCAGGUUAUUUCAAAAAUGUAGCUCGAAGAUCUGUUGGGAGAACGUUUUGCACAAUGGAUGGUCGUGGAAGCCCAGUACACAUUCAUCCUUCCUCAGCACUUCAUGAACAGGAAACCAAACUUGAAUGGAUCAUUUUUCAUGAGGUAUUAGUUACCACCAAAGUCUACGCAAGAAUUGUGUGUCCAAUUCGUUAUGAAUGGGUGAGAGACUUGCUACCCAAGUUGCAUGAAUUUAAUGCACAUGAUCUGAGCAGUGUGGCCCGACGUGAAGCAAGAGAAGAUGCAAGAAGGAGGUGGACAAAUAAGGAAAAUGUAAAGCAGCUAAAGGAUGGGAUAUCAAAAGAAGUCUUGAAGAAAAUGCAAAGAAGAAAUGAUGACAAAUCCAUAUCAGAUGCCCGUGCUCGCUUCUUAGAGAGAAAACAACAGAGGACCCAGGACCACAGUGACACACUGAAGGAAACAGGCUAAGGAGUGGACCCUCCAAAUCAGGAAUUAGGAAAAACAGCCAGGAAAUGUGCUAAUUAUUUCAGACAGAACUACCAAGAGAAAAUGGUCAGAAGCUGUUACAAGCCUAUGAGUUAAAUCAAAGCUCAUCGGUACUGAUGAAUGGAAUUUUCAAAGAAAAGAUUGAGUCACUAUAGUCAAUAGGCAGUGAUAUUGAAACCAAUGAAAGACAAGACAUAUUUUCUUCACUUCAAUUUUGCUGGCCUUAACUGGUAUUAAACACCAUCAUAAGAUAUUUUCAGAGGACAUUGAAUUGCAUUUAAUUGAAGUGUAUUCCAUUUGCAUUGAAGCAUUAAAAAUUAUUUUCCUU